ACACAGGUCCUUACUUGCAAGUCCUCCCAUUUUUCGACUCAGUCGCGGGAACUCGAUAUAAUUUCCUUCUCAUGGAAGAAGAGAGAGAAAAAAAUCGCAGUUGUUGUAUUUCUCACGAGUUCUUCAGACUUGCUUCUGAAAAUCCUGAUACCAUCGCAGUUAUACAUGCUUUAGGUGGAUCUCAGGUAUGCAGAGAGUUGCAUCAAAAGAUCAUCCAUACUGAUGAUGAUUCCACUUUUAACGAAGAUGAAUUUUUUGAUGGUCAUCGUGAUUUUAAUCUUCCUACUAACUUGAUUUACAAAGGAGAUAAGUUAUUUACUUUCUCAGAUAUUUUAAGUUCAGUUCAGUCAUUAAGUCGUCGAAUUCGUCAUGUGCUUGAUGGUGCGAAUGAUCCUAACUUGUCCAUACCAACAAAAGGUAGUUUUUGUGGCAGGGAGGCCGAUUACGAUACAAAUAUGGGGUCUUCUAAUGUUGCAAGCCCAAUUGAAGAACAAACGCCUGACUUUUGUUCUCCAAAAAUUAUUGGAAUACACAUGGUACCUUCUGUGGAAUACUUAGUUGCUAUUCUUUCCGUUCUAAGAUGUGGGGAAGCUUUUUUGCCUCUAGAUACUUCAUGGCCAAAAGAUAGGAUAAUGUCGAUCGUGUCUUCUGCAAAAGUUUGUCUUAUUGUCAAGUGUAAAUCUUCAAUUAGCAAGGGCAAUCAACUUGAUGAAUCAAAUUUUGUAGCGAAUGACAUCAAUUGUCCUGUUCUUUAUAUGUCUACUGAAGUAAAUUUCAAAGAGGAUACGAGUCCGUCGGAUUUGGUCUGGCCUUGUAAGAGCACAAGGAAACGGACUUUCUGUUAUUUGAUGUACACAUCUGGAUCAAGUGGGAGGCCAAAAGGUGUAUGUGGCACUGAGAAAGGUCUCCUGAAUCGAUAUUUUUGGAUGAAAGAGUUGUUUCCAAUACUCAAAGAGACAUUAUUGUUCAAGACACCUAUCAGCUUUGUGGACCAUUUGCAAGAGUUUCUUAGUGCUAUACUUGAUUGUGCCCCAUUGGUUAUACCUCCUUGUCAGGAGAUAAAAGCAAAUCCACUCUGUAUUGUUGAUUUUGUAAAGGCUUAUUGUAUUUCAAGGUUGACUAUUGUUCCAUCGGUGAUGAGAGGAAUUCUUCUUGCUAAAGAAGGCCAGCUUGGUAAUCGCAUCCAGAAGUCCUUACGUAUAUUAAUAAUGAGUGGAGAAGUUUUUCCUGUAUGUUUGUGGGAAACGAUCUGCAAACUUUUGCCAGAAACUACAAUCCUGAACCUGUAUGGAAGUACUGAGGUUUCAGGUGAUUGCUCAUAUUUUAACUGUAGAAGGUUGCCAAUGAUUUUGGAGACUGAGGUACUAAGCAGCGUGCCAAUUGGGACACCUAUUGCUAACUGUAAUGUUGUGCUUGUUGGAGAUCCAAAUGAGCCCAAUGAAGGCGAGAUUUAUGUUGGUGGCCUCUGUACGUCAAUUGGAUACUUCGAAGAUCCUGCCGUUACAUCUGUGGACUAUGUAACAUUGCUUCAGGACUCUGGACUUCGUGACGGUCCUCCACUCCAGGAUGCUAGAAAGCAGUUACAUUUUAGAACCGGUGAUUUUGCCAAACGGCUGCAUUCCGGUGAUUUAGUCUUCUCUGGAAGAAAAGAUCGCAUAAUAAAGUUUAACGGGCAACGAGUUGCUUUGGAGAAAAUUGAAAAUGUUUUAAGGGACCAUCACUAUGUGGUUGACGCUGCUGUAAUUUCUGAUAAAGGUCAAGGAGGAUCUAGCUACCUUGGAGCCUAUAUAGUAUUGAAAAGAGAGUUAGAAUCAUACAAAAAUAUGCUCUCUUGUGUUAAAAGUUGGUUAAGCCAAAAGCUUCCUUCAGCAAUGGUUCCUAGUCGUUACAUUUGUAUGGAUGCAUUGCCUAUGUCUUCCACUGGGAAAGUAGAUUAUGCUUUGCUUUCCAAUCCUCUGUUUUCCAUAGAACUGUCUGAAAGUCAUGCUGAUGCUGCUCCAUCUGAUCAUGGUCUUUUGCAAGUAGUGAAAAAGAUGUGUCUCUUCAUAUGUACUGCUUCCAGCUUUAGUGAUCUGGACUGUUGUGCGACAAGGAAAGUCUCCAUAUCAUUCCGGUCUGUUGAGGCAUUUUGUGAUGCUUUGAUGGUUGGAGAAAUCGCUGAUGAUACUGAUUUUUUUGAGAUGGGUGGCAAUUCUAUUGCUGCAGCACAAGUUGCUCAUAAAUUGGGGAUCAGCAUGAGAUUGUUAUAUCUCUUUCCAAAGCCAUCUAAGCUUCUGAAGUAUCUACUAGACAAUGGAAUUUUGUGCAAUGGUUAUUUAACUAUUGAUGGUGAUCAGAAACAGCAGCUGAAAAGGCAAAAGAUCACUGACUAUCCUUCUUUCAGCUCACUAAUUUCUAUACAAAACAAGGAGGUGUCAGAAAGUUCAGAGAGAGUUCCGUCCUGGAAAAAUGAUGGUUCACCUAUUGGUUCUAAAUAUUCGAAGUUGGAUUCCGAUUUAUACAUCGGUUUGAUAGGAAGGAACCCAUGGACUUCAGGUUUUUGCAAUUCUACUACAUGUUCAUUCAGCCGUUGUAACAAGAUAGUAUGUAGAGGGAAGAAUCGGGCUGAUGGUAUAUGCAAAGCAAGAUUUGCAGUUCAAGCUCCAACUUAUGUAAGAGGAUCUAUGCGUGCCUUGUGGAAGGUUAAUUUGAGGUCAUGUGUCGAUGCGUCCCCACUUGUUGUGUUGAAGGAUGGUGAUCUUUAUUUAUUUAUUGGCUCCCACUCACAUAUAUUUAUAUGCGUUGAUGCCAUGAGUGGUUCCCCUCGAUGGGAGGUCAAAUUGGAAGGACGAAUUGAGUGUUCAGCAGCAAUUGUUGAUGAGUAUUCUCAGGUUGUUGUCGGAUGUUACAAAGGAAAAAUCUAUUUUCUUGAUUUUAUGACUGGCAUCAUCUCUUGGGCGUUCCAAACACAGGGCGAGGUCAAGUCACAGCCACUUAUGGACAAAUGCAGACACCUGAUCUGGUGUGGGUCCUACGAUCAAAAUCUAUAUGCUCUGGAUUACAAGAACCACACUUGCGUUUAUACCAUCUCGUGUGGUGGCAGCAUUUACGGUUCGCCUUCGAUAGAUACGGACCGAGACAUGCUUUAUGUGGCAUCUACUAAGGGGCGUGUGACAGCUUUAUCAGUUCGGACUUCACCAUUUAGCGCCCAAUGGGUAUACGAGUUGGAAGUACCAGUGUUUGGAUCUCUUUCCAUCAGCUCUGUGCAUGGCAAUGUUAUUUGCUGCUUAGUUGAUGGACAUGUUGUGGCAUUAAGUUCAAGGGGAUCUGUUGUCUGGAAGGCACUUGCGGAUGGUCCAAUAUUUGCUGGAGCAUGCUUAUCAUGUGUACUUCCUUAUCAGGUGCUCGUAUGUUCCAGAAAUGGAAGUGUCUACUCAUUCGAAUUGGAAGGAGGAGAUUUGGUGUGGAAAUACAGUAUUGGAGAUCCGAUCACUUCAUCCGCUUUUGUUGAUGAGAGCUUGGAGUUGAUAUCUGAUCCAUCGCAUCCAUCAGAGAGGUUAAUCUGUAUUUGCGGCAGUUCAGGAAGCAUCUAUGUACUUAGGAUCAACUUAAACAGUUCACGAGAGGGUAAGCAAUCAGAAAAUAAGGUGCUGGGACCAAUUUUGCAAGAAUUUGCAAAGAUAGACCUACCAGGGGACAUAUUUUCUUCACCAUUGAUGAUUGGUGGACGAAUAUUUGUUGGUUGCAGAGACGAUUAUGUCCACUGCUUGGAAGUUGAGAUUCUCAAUAUUAAAUCCAAUUCAGAUAUUGGCGAAGCAAACAUAGUCCCAGAGCAUAAAUGAGCUGAUGGACUCCCAUGCGCCAUGGUCACUAAUACUUACGGGUGCUGACUCUGGUAUCCCUGACUUGGUCAAAGGGGAGCACAGAGGGUUUUUUGAGUCGGGAGUUUUUGAUCACUCAAAAUCACGGGUGCAUCAAACCCAUCCUAAUGAACUUUUAGUACUUCAAUGGCCAAUACCACGCUUAUAUGGUUAAGUGUUUUGUAUUCACCAGUCGAUCUCCUCCCAAUUUAAGUGUUACUGUUACAAAAACUUAAGGGCUGCAAGUAUUGAGUAGUUGGCGCUGUUGCAAGGAGACUUUCAAAUCCAAGAUAAUCAGCUAUGAAAAUUCUAGAAACGAAGAGGCUCACCAACUCGGCGAAGUUAUGAAGAUCACAAUUGCACGGUGCUAUCCGUUGUAGUUGAGUGAUGCUCACCUAAACGACCCAGGCUGUGGAUCAGAUCUAGUGGUCGAACGAAGAACCCAAGUUUGUACGGAUGCACGCACCAAAUCUCAAAAUAAACAGGACACUCAUGCAAGUUAAAUAGACAUCCCUAUGCCAAAUCUGGAUGGAUGCUACCUCCUACUGUAAACUUGAAUAUAAAUUUGAAUACCGAAUCUUCUUUUAUGGAGUUCUAUUCUAACUGGAUUACAGGAUCCGGAUUAAUUUUUCGCAACGAUGCAGGUUCAGCUAUCACUGCUCGAUGAAUAAUGCAGCCGGUUCCGAUGAGGCAAAGAUAGGCAAAAGAUAUGAACCUUCAUGAUUUCUGAAUUGAAGGAGACUGCCAAAGAAUUAUAGAUUUUGCCAAGGGAAGAAACAAUACAGUGCCAUGGAGGAAUCAAGCCAUUAUCAAUGAAGCUUUAAAGAUCCUGAAAACCUGUGUUUAUUUUUCUGGUUUGUUGUUUGGUCAUAGGAAGGGUAACCAGGUAGCAGAUACACUGGCUAAGGAUGCUAGAAAACACAAGUCUCACAAACAACCAUGGAAUGCCAUGUCACGAUAUCUUUUUUCUGCACUUGAUAAAAUUACUAUUGUAAGGAAGCCAACAGGCAGCUGUUACAUUAGCUAACAAGUCAAUUACAAUAGCAACCUUGGAUUA